AUGAAGCCUACACUUUGCAUCACGGCCUUGACUGGCAUGAUCAGCAUUGCUGCUGCCGCAAGCCCUCCUGCUUGUCUUCUUGCAGCUCUCAGCCAGCAGCCCAAAGUCUCUGCGGUCGAUGCCAUGUGCAUCGGUUUCAUGGACGCCAUGCUCGGUAACCUGACGAGCGUUUGUCAGGGCUCCGAUCUUGAGGGUGCCUACAAGUCUUACGCAGCUACGUGCGAGGAACUCGCUGGCGUCAAGGUUGCUGAUCUGCCCUCAUCCUCGACCAUGAGCGCCACCCCUACCUCGACUCCGGAAGCUUCAGGUAACCCCAGUCCUGAAGCUACCUCGACCGCUACUCCCACCGAUGGCCCUCAAGAGUCGAAGCCCAGCGCCGCUGGCGCUAUUGCUCCUCAUGCCGUGCUCUUCACCGUCCUCGGUCUGACUGCGACUGGCCUCGUCAGCAUAGUAUUCCUGUAG